UUGUAAAGGAAGUGCGCGCCUAUUGUGUGUUAUAUGCUCUCUUCAGUUUCACUCUCUCAGUCUCACUGUUCGUACCUCACUCGAUCACUGUGCAAGCUUCCCUUCUCACUCAGGUAAUCAGUUCAGUAGUUAAGAAAAGUAGUAAUGGUCAACAGUCAAAGAAAAAUUGAUUCUUUUUUCAAAAGGAAAGUUACUCAGAAAGAUGAAGAACGUUUCGCUUCCACGUUUGAACCUGGAAAAUGUCUCGAGAAUCCAAGAAUCGAAGAAAAUGAGAAGCAACUUUCCGAAGUUUCUAGGGUUGAAUAUGAUGAGUUUGAGAAGGAUUCUUGUGAAGAGGAAUCAGAUCAAGAUGGACAUGAUGAGAAUGUUAGUGAAGUGCAAAACUCGGAUCAAAUUAUGAAGAAGCGAAUAUGUCUCAAGACAUUGAUUGACAUUGUUCGUUUUUUAACAUUUCAAGAGGUUGCUUUUAUUGAUCUUCGCGAAACCAGCGAAGAAAGAUACCGAUAUAGUUUUCUUUCAAUGGUAGAAUUUACAAAAGAAUGUGAUGAUGAAUUUGCCGAAGCUGUGUUGGAAAAUGCCUCAUAUAUUUCCAAGUGUGCUUCAUUUGAAUUUCAAAAAGUCGUCUUGCGUAUUCUUUCUAGUAAAGUGAAAAAUCAUAUUCGUGAGGAAAUUGGUGAUUCCAAAUUUUGCAUAUUUGUUGAUGGAGUUUGGGAUGAACCACGAGUGGCUCUUGUUUUGAAAUUUGUUGAUAAAAAUGGGUUUAUACAAGAGCGUUUUUUUGAUUUUGUGGAUGUUGAAGAGGUUGCGCCAUUAGCUCUUAAGGAAGAAGUUUGUGCUAUACUUUCUCGACACAAUCUCGAUGUUUCAAACAUUCGUGGUCAAGGGUAUGAUGGUAUUAGCGAUAUCAGAGAAGAAUGGAAUGAUUUACGGACACUAUUUUUUAAUGAAUGCCCUUAUGCGUACCACAUUCAUGGUUUUGCACAUAAGUUGGAACUUGCGUUGGUUGGUGCAUCAACACAAGUUACUCCAGUUCAACUAUUCUUUUCAAACUUGAUUUAUAUUGUCAAAUUUUUCUGCACUUGUCGUAAACCCAAUGAUGAGUCACUAGCUGCCGAAUUAUAUAAAAUUGCACAUUUGCUAGACAAUGAUGAGCUUGGAUUUGGUGAAGUAGAAGAUGAACUUUGUUUGUACCCACGAGUUGGUGAUGCCCGUUCCAUGUCAUAUUUUUCUGCUAUAUGUAACUUGAUAAUGAUGUAUGAUGCAGCUUGCUGUCUUUUAGAAAAUCUUUUUGAUAAAGAGUCAACUUAUUGUCAACGUUGGAAUGCUCAUACAGCUUACAAUUACUUCACCACAUUUGAGUUUAUAUUGAUCUUGCAUUUGAUGAGAGAUAUUAUGGGGAUAACUGAUACUCUUUGCCAAGCUUUACAACAGCAAUCUCUGGAUGUAGUUAAUGUCAAACAUUUACUUCGUUCUACUAAAGCACUGCUUCAAAACAUGAGGCAAGAUGGUUGGGAUAAGUUGUUAAAAAAUGUGACAUCUUUUUGUGAAAAAAAUGAUAUUAGGGUUCCUCAAUUCAGUGCUCCGCAUGUAGUAAGACCACGGCGCCGUCAUCCCCAAAAUGAGGAGAACAUCACAAUAGAGCACUAUUAUAGGGAACAAGUAUUUUUUAUUGCUAUUGACAUACAAAUACAAGAGUUGAAUUGUAGGCUUAGUGACCAAGCAAUGGAGUUGUUGACUCUAAGCUCUGCUUUGGUUCCUAAGGAUACUUACAAAGCUUUUAACAUCGAUCAUAUUUGCACUCUUGUAGAAAAAUAUUAUCCCGUGGAUUUCAAUGAGCAGGAGAAGAUUAAUUUGCGAUCUCAACUUUGCCAUUUCAUUAUUGAGGCCCGUCAAGAAUCAAGUUUGAAGAGUUUGUCAAAUAUCCAAGAAUUGUGUGCAUGUUUGGCAGCAACAAAAAAGUCAGAAGUUUACUACUUGAUUGACAGACUACUCCGCCUUAUCAUGACUCUUCCGAUUUCUACGCCUACAACCGAAAGAUCUUCGUCAGCAAUGAAAGUUAUCAAGACUAUGUUGAAAGAAAAGAUGGAAGAUGAGUUUCGACCAGAUAGUGUGAUAAUUUACAUUGAAAGGGAGAUUGCUAAAAGUGUUAGUUUAGAUUCCGUUGCUGAUGAUCUCGAGUCACUCGAAGAGCGCAAUGACUCACAACUGUAUAGAUCUGUGAAUGAUUACAUUAACAAACCAUUAGAAUUGCUCGGCGAAGAAGAAUCUGAAGGAUCAGUUCCACUUCAAGUUGCUGAUGAUAUGGUUGAGGAUGACGUCUCAUCUAGAUUACUAGCAGAGUUACUCGGCGAAGAAAAAUCUGAUGGAUCACCUCUGCUUCAAGUUGCUGAAGAUAUGGUUGAGGAUGGCAUCUCAUCUAGAGGUGCAGAUCUUAGUGUCCCAAACUUGGGUGUGGAAGCAACUAGUGAUGCAACAGCCCACCUUUCUGUCAGCAAGUAGAUUCAUGUACUUCGAUACGGACAGAUUGAUUUUUCUGAAUUUCGAAUUGAUCCUAGUAAAUACAAGUUCACCGUUUUGUCUUUUCUAGAUGCUUUUGAGGAUUCUGUUUCCAAGUCUGAGGAAUCCAGACAAGAUGAUCAGGAUUUAAGAUCUUAACCUAGUAACCAUCAUGACUUAUUGACCAUAUGAAUGAACUAAGUAGUGUGGCUCUUUCAGUAUCUAUUUUAUCAGUAUUGCUUUUCUACAGAUACAAGAAACUGUUUUUUUUGCUUCUGUUUAAAAAAGACAAGUUCAAUGGUUUUUAUUUAAUUGAGAUCUUUCAAGGAUAUGGCAUGAGGUAAAUGAUUAAUGAAAUCCAAACCCAUCAUUGUUUACUUCAUAA